AUGAGACAAUAUCGCCAACCAUGGAGUCUGCUGGCUCUACUCUCGAAAGGCACAUUCAUCCUGGCCGCAGCAAAUCCUCCUCUACCAUACAAUCCCACACGAAUACUCGUGGGACCGAACUCGACACAAGUGUAUAUCUUUCAGUCGAGUGGGAACGAUGGUAGACAGGGGAGUCUGCAAGUGGUGGAUAUCAGCAAGCCUUUCGCGACAGCAGGACUGGAUCCUACACCUGUUGACAGCUCACUGCCAUUCCUCUCGAACGAUGCACUGCUAUCUUAUACACCGGUCGUGGACACAUUUGGCAAUAUCACAGUCUUGACAGGAGACUGUACGGCUGGUGCCAGCUCAACCACUCUCUGGCGGUUCUCCUCAGCAGACGGAAGCUGGAAGCAAUACUCCACGAUAUCACCAUCAUCCGCUCCGAAUGGCAUCAGCUUUCUCGGCCACGCAGUACCUUUCUCCUCCAAUAUGGGCGCCGCGGUUUCGUUCUAUUACUUCGGCGGCAUGUGUCCCUACGACAACUCCACCGCUUCUACAUGGCAGUCCGCCGCAACCUAUUCAAAUGCAAUGCUCUCGCUUUCGCCGGAACCAGGCCUCACAAUCUACGAUGCUGCAGCAGUGUCCUCCCGCGCUCCGCCAGUCACGGAGGCAGGCUUCUCCAUGACGCCUCUGAUUGCGACAUACUCGAUCAACGCUACGGGUGAAGCGCAGACCACACAGCAGGACUUCUUGCUGAUUGGAGGCCAUACUCCCGCGGCAUUCCUCAACACGUCUCAAGUCGCGGUGUACUCCCUCCCUCAAGAAGCCUGGAGUUUUGUCGCCGUGCAGCAACCAACGGGUGGGAAGACGGACUUGGCUUUGCGACAAAUGGUAACCGCGAUCGAGCCGAGAUCAGGGCAUACGGCCGUGCUGUCGGAGGAUGGAACGAGGAUAUAUGUGUUGGGAGGAUGGGUGGGUGAUGUGAAUACUCCGGCAUCACCACAGUUCGCGGUGCUAAACCUGGGAGCGGAGUAUGGAGGGGAUGCAUCGCUGGCCUGGACCUGGAGUGUGCCGAGUCAAACUGGAUUAGGGCUCGAUGAUGGAGGUGGGGUUUAUGGACACGGAGCGGUGAUGUUGCCUGGCGGAGUGAUGAUGGUUACUGGUGGGUAUCAAAUAUCGGCGACGUCUUCUUCACGAAGGGCGAAGAGGAAGCAGAAGCGUGCUACAGGUGUCGGAGGCCAGAACGUCCUUCUCUACAACACUACUUCCUCGACCUGGAUUGACUCGUACGACCUCCCGACGACGUUCACUCGCAGCAUGAACCCAGAUGAGGCUUCCAGCAAAGGUCGCCUGUCCAAGACCUCCCAACAGACCGGACUCGGUGUCGGACUAGGAGUCGGAAUUAUCGUUCUCGCACUGCUGGUCGCCUUCUACUUCUGGUACAUGCGUCGACUACGUCGGAUACGGGAACAGCGGGCGAGGCAGCUGGUCAUGGGCGCUUCGGUCGACAGCUCUUAUGCGACGCUGCACUCGCCGGACCUCAGCGCAGGAGUCGAUGGGAGAGGUGGGCGUCCUUGGGCGGCCAGCGGCGGAGAGCACGGUCGACCCGAAAUGAGCCACGCCGGAGGAUCAACGGGAAUGUUCUUCAACAACACACCACGACUGGGAAUGGGAUCAGUGAAGAAGAACAUGAUCUCUCGUCCCUACAAUUACCAUCAUGUCAAUGAUCCAAGAGGUGGAAAUGCCGCUGGCAUUCAUCCUAUCCUGGAAAGACAAGAUGAAGACGACACGGAUUCGCCGAGAAGCCCCAGCGUGAACCCGUUCACAGGUGCAGCACCCAUCCUUCGAAAACCCGUCCGCUCAGGCGGCGACUACUCGCCCAUUGACUCCGAUCCCUUCGCCGAUCCCUCCGAGUCUCCCAAUCCUCUUGGAAGUCAUCCUCCCUCCUCGCCUCCGUCACCUACACCUCCAGCGUUGCGAAUUGGCAGCCCUACCCGAAGACCAUUAACAGCCGAAGCAGAUGGUAGCAUGAACUGGACCAUGAUUGAAGGCCUUGAACUCGCUCCUUCCUCAUACUCUUCAUCAGAUCCUUUCUCCACUGGACGGAACUCCCCCACCCGCACCGACGACCGUACUUCCUCCACUUUAAGCGAUCAGAGCCAUCGCUCGGCGACGAGUGGCACGGGAACGAGCUUCACCCGCACAUUGUCCACGACAGCCGCGACACUCCUCAGCAACGCGCUUUGGGGUGCUGCAAGGGAGACGCCUCCUGCCAAGUCAUCAGCGGAACGACCACUUACAUAUGCUGCCUCGUCGACUUCAGCAACGCACUUCCCUCCUCCUCUCAACAGUCGCAACACAACGUACGAACCUUAUCGGCCUUCCUCAGGCACGAAGAGGCCAUACUUCCCAGCGGCCGAACAGAACUCCACCCUCCUUUCACACUCCUCGGGCGCCAUGCGUGACGAUCCAUACAACCGCGCUCUGGCCGCCGUACAGAAUGGGAAGCCGAAUCGACCAUCAUCGACAUCAUUCGUGCCCGUAGACUCCACCGCGAGAAGGGCAAAACCAACGUUCAUGGGCAGUUUGAGGCGGGCAUUGACGGCCAUCAGCGGCGAAGCUGGAUCUCGCACCUUCUCCUUCACCGCUGGUGGGCCCGAGGUGCUCAAUGACGCUGACGGGGGCGUGGAUCGCAUUGCAGCAUAUCACGACAACGUCAGGAGGAGUGCCAACAGCAGUCCGGGCAAAGGCUACGGAGGACUGAGUGGCGCCGGAUCAAGCAGUGUCGCAGGUCCCAGGAGAACAGUCUCAGACGGUCCAGAACUCGCAGCCUUGAAGCGGAAACGAGGGAGGAAGGACUGGGCAGAGACAGUCGGCAGCGGACGAGCAGAGGACGUCUUCUUCGACACGGGAGAUUGGGGACAUCCCACCCGCUCCAACACUUCGAGUACAACGACGAGUGCGGCGAGUAGUCACCCCUCUUCAGGAGUCGGACGAAGAGGCACAACGAUCAGGAAGACAGGCGAGACGAAGGGUAAAGCAGAUUGGAACGUGGAAGACGCGGCGCAGAUGAGGGACGUGCAAGUCUUGUUCACAGUUCCAAAGACGAGAUUGAGGGUGGUGAAUGCCGAUGUGGACGAAAGAGCGAGUUUGAGGAGUGUCUCUGAUGGACUUGUAGCGGAGGGGAGGAGUACGGCUGUUUGA